AGUUUGCAAAAAAAAUUCUAUUGCCUUCCUUCACGAUUUUUUAACUUUCAGGUUAGCCCACCUUAAUGGUUUCCCAUUCAGAUAUAACCAGGUCCAGCUGGGCCAGGUGCUGCAAUUCUGUUUCAUCCCAAACAAGAACAUUGCGUGUAAUGCAUCAUUGCCAAGUUGGAAGUGGAACCAGGCGUUAUGCCUGAUUCUGCAUCUGCACAUCCCAGAAAGGUUUAAAUUAUUCAUAUGAAGCUACUUAACACUGAGUACAUAAGAUUUAUCUUAGUGAAAACUAUAAUCACAUGAUUGAAAGUAGGUCUCCACAGACCUCUGGCUGUGCUGUCUGAGAUUCUUUCAUAGCAGAUGUCAGAGAGUGAACUUGGGAAUUGCUAUAUGCUAAUUAUCCUACCACAAGCCAACUUUCCUAACUUGAUGCCUUUCAAAGUGCCAGGCUGUGUCAUUUCAUGAACUCCACAGAGAUGUACAGCACUUAAUUUAGUGAACCUGAGGAUUCAGCAUCUUCUUUAUAAAAGUGUAGUGUAAUAGAUGCUAGUUAGGAAUGCUGUGUCUGUAAUUUUGCUUCCAUCAUUGUGUGUGCUUCAGGAUCCUGCUCUAACAGCAGCAUGAGUCCCAGAAUGCAACACUGGGAACUUGUGUGUGUGUUGUGGUGCGAAACAGGGAAGGUGGUCACCCCUCAAAUCCAUGGUCAUGAAAUGCGUUGCCUUCCUCCUUCUACUCCAUGCCUUUUCCCUGGCUUUGGAAAAUGGACUUAUGAGAACACCCCCAAUGGGGUGGCUUGCUUGGGAGCGCUUUCGUUGUAAUAUUGAUUGCAAGGCAGAUCCUCAUAAUUGUAUCAGUGAGACUCUCUUCAUGGAAAUGGCCGACCGUCUGGCAAUGGAUGGUUGGAGGGAGCUGGGCUAUGAGUACGUGAAUAUUGAUGAUUGCUGGAUGGCAAAGAAGCGGAAUAUGAUGGGACAUCUGAUUCCGGAUCCUGAGAGGUUUCCCAGAGGGAUCAAAGCCCUGGCAGAUUAUGUUCAUUCACGGGGUCUGAAACUUGGCAUUUAUGGUGACCUAGGCACCCAUACUUGUGCAGGUUACCCGGGUACUACAUUAAAUUGUACUGAACAAGAUGCUUUAACGUUUGCACAAUGGGGAGUGGACAUGCUGAAACUAGAUGGUUGCUACUCAUCAUCAGAUGAACAGGCCCAAGGUUAUCCUAGAAUGUCUAAGGCCCUGAAUGCAACAGGUCAUCCCAUUGCCUAUUCCUGCAGCUGGCCAGCCUAUCAAGGGGGACUUCCACCUGCAGUUAACUAUACGCUUUUAGCAAAUAUAUGCAACCUCUGGAGAAACUAUGAUGACAUACAAGACUCUUGGGAAAGUGUGCUCUCUAUUGUGGAAUGGUUCUCAACAAAUCAGGAUGUACUUCAGCCAGCAGCUGGCCCUGGCCAUUGGAAUGACCCUGACAUGCUAAUCAUUGGAAACUUUGGUCUGAGCCUUGAAGAGUCCAAGUCCCAGAUGGCUUUAUGGACAAUUAUGGCUGCUCCUCUUUUCAUGUCCACAGACCUCCGUGUUAUUUCUGAAAGUGCCAAAGAAAUUCUACAAAACAAAUUGAUGAUUACAAUUAACCAAGAUCCCCUGGGAAUUCAAGGGCGUAGAAUCCUUCAGGAGAAAUCUCAAAUUGAAGUAUUUCUGCGGCCCCUUUCCCACUCAGCCAAUGCUCUGGUUUUCUUUAGUCAGAGGACAGACAUGCCAUAUCGCUACACAACUUCCCUUGCACAGCUCAAUUUUACAACGAACACUGUCUAUGAAGCACAGGAUGUGUACACCGGUGAAAUAAUCAGUGACCUGAAGAUUGCUACCAACUUCACAGUGGUGAUUAAUCCCUCUGGAGUAGUCAUGUGGUAUCUGUACCCAACAAUGAAGUUGGAGCAGCCUUUCAAGUUCAUAAAGCAGCAGGAGAAAGCAAAGAAAUUCAGUCCCUUUAAUCUGUGACAGCCAGUAGUUGAAUAAUUUAUUGGAAAGCUGCUAAGGAUUAACCAUUCCCUAUUGGUACGCUUGUGGUACCUCAACAGAGGGGGGAAAAUGGUUUGUGUAGGAUGGCAGUUUUACACAAUAUAUAAAUUGAGAUCUACCUCUUCACACAAUGGAGAUGCUAUCAGUUCACUAGUAUGCAAUCCAACACUUCUAAGUAGACAUAAAUAAGAAUAUACAUGUGUUUUUAUUUAUGUAGAUUAGACAGCUAAUGAUUGUCACAUGCAUUGAGAUAAUCAACCAGAAGCCGGUUGCCCAUAUAUAAGCAUAAGAAAAAACCCCAUCAUAAUUUGUAUAAGGAAAUUCCUAUAGGUCACUGAAAGAUAAAUUUCCUGGAUUCCAAAAUUGAACUGGAAUUGUCCUUUAAUGCACAGAAUUUCAAACUAUUGCACUAUAGGUGUUUGCUUGUAAUGCUAUCAAUGAUGUCAGUAGCUGAAAUAAUUGCUAACUUAAUAAUUGCUAAUAAUAAAAUAACUAUUUUUUCAAUAGUUGAAAAAAGUUCUUUUUGUUACCAUGCUAGCAUUUCUUCUAUAGUAGCUUCUCUGGCUCGCUUGCUUAAUUUUCCAGGAUUUUUGUAAUUUUUAUUCUUUUGUUAUAAACAACUCUUCAGGGACUGUUUUUUUUCACUGUAUGUUCAGAUGUUUAUAUUUUAAAAUCAGGUUUUGAAUAAAGAUUGUUUCAGAAAUGAUUUGAUUAAAAAUGAAUACAAUUCCAAA